ACAAGUUAUUCAAAAUAGAAUUGAUGGUCUAUGUUAGAGAAAAGACGCGUUUUUAAACAUGUACUAAUAUUUUCAGUUCAAAGUAAUUCGCCAAAACCAGAAAGUUGUGUUAAUUGCGCUAAAAUGACUAUCCAAAUGAAAUGUGUUAUGUGGACGUGCAUUUCUAUACUCGUAUUGAGCAUCAUAGUCUCGAGUAAAGCAGAAGGAGAACUGAGUAAAACCUCAAAUCAGCCAACCACAAAUACCAGCGCAGACGUUAAAUCAAAAAUUUCUCUGAACUCCACAAACAACCCAACAGCGACGACAAACUCCAAAGAUGCAGUAUCUGUAGCCCUGCAAAAAUGUGCGGAAUACGCUAAUUAUCGAUACGUCAAGAAAUUGCAACCGCCAAUGGCUGGAAAACCAGAACAAUCGUUCAACACAAUGGACUGCGCGAAUGUAGAACCUCUAAUCGUCGGAGGAAUACAAGCGAAACCUAAAGAAUACCCUCAUAUGGCUCUGAUCGGUUCCGGAAGCAGUUUCGAAAAGGUUUCAUGGAAUUGUGGUGGCUCAUUGAUAAGUGAAAAAUUCGUUCUGAGUUUAGCACGAUGCCACCAAGAUGUUUCUUUACAUGGACCAACACAAUGGGUUUUAUUAGGAGACCUGAAAGUAAAUUCGAAAACAGACGACGCCAAGCCAGCUGUUUAUAAAAUAAAAAAAGUCUAUCAACAUCCAAAUUAUACAUCAAAGUCAAGAUUACACGAUAUUGCUCUUUUCGAAUUGAAUACUACCGUUGAAAUGAGUCCAUAUGUGCGACCAGCGUGUCUAUAUACAUCCACCUCGGUUCCAGUAAACACCACAGGAAAGAUUACUGGAUGGGGAAGAACAAGUGCAGUCGAAAGAACCAGCGAUCAUUUAUUAAAAGCCAGCAUUUCGUUCCUCGAUGAUAAAAAAUGCGUUGAAAAUUUUGGAAAUGAUUACGACCCUAAUUCAAUGAUAUGUGCUGGAGAAUUUGUCCAUGGCGCAGAUACAUGCCCAGGUGACUCCGGAGGUCCACUACAGAAACCGGUGGAUAAACAAGUAUGCAUGUGGAAUAUAUUAGGAAUCACAUCUUUUGGAUCGGCAAUAUGUGGAGAUAUGGAAACACCAGGAGCCUAUACCAAAGUUGCAUUUUACCUCGAAUGGAUUAAAAAUAUCGUGUGGCCCUGAAAGAUGCUCCAAUCUUAAUUAAUAAUACAAAAAAUUGUCUUUAAAAAAUUUGAAAUAUAUUCGACCUUGUAUUACCACUGUAUAAUAAAGCAUACAUUUUUACCGACUUUGCCGUGAA